AUGCUCCCAAAGGCACCAAUAGGGGCCCUAAUUCGGGAGGCAGCCCUAGAGCCAGCGAGUGUGCUGCUAGAUGCAAGAAAAGCGAGAUACGUGGUAAGGCUUCUAACAUUACCCGAUACACACCCAACAGCGCAGUUGCUCCCGGUUACGCUCCGAUAUGGGGAUGCCCAUGCCCAGCCCGGAGAGCAACCCCUAGACGACCGAGAAUGGGCCCAAAAUGGGACCCAAGCGCCUAAACGGAUAGGCCAACGACUAGCAAAGCACCUAGCUCAACGCCUAACCAAGGACCCGUCAGGGGGGAUUGAACGGACCACAGAGUGGGCACGGGAGGCUUUCCCCGGGUCUAUUCGGGUUGCUGGCAUGGAGAUAGCGUUGCGAGAAGCAAGCCAACAGCGCCUAGGAACAACCCUCUGGUCUGAUGGCUCUAGGCAAGAAAGCGGGCGUACUGGCGCCGGUGUGGCGCUCCAGCCAAUGCCCGGAGCUCCAUGGGAGAGCCUAGAAGUGCCUAUGGGCACCGGAUAUGAGGUUUUUGAUGCGGAAUUGGUGGCUGUCGCUUUGGCGCUAGAAUGGGCACUAGAUAGGCACCUCCCGGGGCCCAUUUACGUCCUUCUUGAUGCCCAGAAUGCUAUUAACCGCCUACAAACAACAAAAACCCGGACAGACCCUAGCGCUUAG